UGUCCGGGCCGCGGGCCGGAGCGGGUCGUGCGCGCUGAGGAGGAGCCGCCGCCGCCGUCGCCGUCGCCGCCGCCGCCGCCACCGCUACCGAGGCCGAGCGGAGCCGUUAGCGCCGAGCCGCCGCCGCCGCCCGCCCGCCCCGGAGCAGCCCCGGGCCCGCCCGCCCGCGUCCAGAUUUUUUGAAAAUACGAUGUCUAAUGGUUAUGAAGACCACAUGGCCGAAGACUGCAGGGAUGACAUCGGGAGAACGAAUUUAAUUGUCAACUACCUCCCUCAGAACAUGACCCAGGAUGAGUUACGAAGUCUCUUCAGCAGUAUUGGGGAAGUUGAAUCUGCAAAGCUUAUUCGGGACAAAGUGGCAGGACACAGCUUGGGCUAUGGCUUUGUGAACUACGUGACUGCAAAGGACGCCGAGAGAGCAGUAAACACGCUGAACGGCCUGCGGCUCCAGUCAAAGACCAUUAAGGUGUCGUACGCUCGCCCAAGCUCAGAGGUCAUCAAAGACGCCAACUUGUACAUCAGCGGACUCCCGAGGACCAUGACCCAGAAGGACGUGGAGGACAUGUUCUCUCGGUUCGGGCGCAUCAUCAACUCCCGGGUCCUUGUGGAUCAGACCACAGGUUUGUCCAGAGGGGUUGCGUUUAUCCGGUUUGACAAACGGUCGGAAGCGGAAGAGGCAAUUACCAGUUUCAAUGGUCAUAAACCCCCAGGUUCCUCCGAGCCCAUUACAGUGAAGUUUGCCGCCAACCCCAACCAGAACAAAAACGUGGCGCUGCUCUCCCAGCUCUACCACUCGCCAGCCAGACGGUUCGGAGGCCCCGUCCAUCACCAGGCGCAGAGAUUCAGGUUCUCCCCUAUGGGUGUAGAUCACAUGAGCGGGCUUUCUGGGGUCAAUGUCCCAGGCAACGCUUCCUCGGGCUGGUGCAUCUUCAUCUACAACCUCGGCCAGGAUGCCGAUGAGGGGAUCCUUUGGCAGAUGUUCGGCCCCUUUGGCGCCGUCACUAACGUGAAAGUGAUUCGCGACUUCAACACCAACAAGUGCAAAGGCUUUGGCUUUGUGACCAUGACAAACUAUGAAGAAGCCGCGAUGGCCAUAGCAAGUCUGAACGGCUACCGCCUGGGGGACAAAAUCUUACAGGUUUCCUUCAAAACCAACAAGUCCCACAAAUAACUCGCUCAUGCUUUUUUUUGUACGGAGUAGCUAAUUAAGAGUGAAGAAGUUGAACCUUUUUUGUUAGUGUACAACUCAUUUUGCGCCAAUUCUCACAAGUGUUUGUCUUAGUCUAAAUGAGAAGUGAAAAGGUUUUUAUACUCUGGGAUGCAACCGACAUGUUCAAAUGUUUGAAAUCCCACCAUGUUAGACCAAUUUUAAGUUUCUUAAGUUAUUUCCUUUAAAAUAUAUAUUAAACAGAAAUCUAAGUAGACUGUUGACUAGCCAGUCCCUCGGGAUGGUGGUGAAACUGAAGCAUGCUUUAACUUCUGAGACUGUCUAACACCCGUUUCAUUCGCUCUCGCCACAAACUGGACACAAAAAACCAAACGAAAUGAUCUUUUAGUUCUAGUUUGAGUUUUGAGACUAAAGCCGUUAGACAGAUGCUGGGUGUGCGUUCCACCGCUUCACCGUUUUAAGCGAUUUCUGCUUUGGUUGACAGGAAAUGGCUCUCCCAAGCAGGUUCCAUUGCCACCUCCUGCCCACUCAGCCCCCCGGGCUCUGCCCAGUGGUCCUGGCAGCGGCAGCGGGCCCGACCGACGUGGGCCACCACCGGGGAGGGGGCCCACACGCCGGGCUGGGCCGGGCCCUCCAGAGAAGGACACGAACGUAUUUUGUAAGCCCAGGCGCCAAUGGGAAUGGACCAAAGAGUUUCAGGGAAACUCCAGUAUAUUCCAGAGUCAGAUCUAAGCCGCAGGCACGCCUGAAGACGGGUUGCCACUGUGCCACCCGAAUUCCUGUCCACACACUGCAUGCACGGUGCCACACACAUCGGAUAACUGUGGUUCACGAUCCUCUCUCCAGUUUCCCAGAGCAUCGAACACGGCUCGAAUGCGUUCAGAUCGCUCUAUUUUUUAAGAACCCGGAAACAUUUGAGCAUUGUAUCUCUCGCAUCCCUUCUCGUGAGCGCUAGACCUUUUUCUACUUUAGCCAGACUCUGUUUGGAAUCUCCGCUUUCGUAUGAACACUCAGCAGAAAAGUACUUACUUCUUGCCAGUAUCUAUUAACUAAAAAGCCUUUGAUUUGUAGUUUUAAAGAUUAACCCUGCAAGUUCUCUUCAUAACUGCCUUGACAUUUGGGGUUGUUCUGUUCUGUUAAUUUUCUUUUGCUUUUUUGUGUUUUUUGUUUGUUUUUACUCUUGCAUUUAAGACCAUUAAAUUUGAUUUUGUUUUGCUCGAAUUUUGUUUUGUUUUUUAUUUUACCUUUUCUUUCUUUUUGGCUAGGGAAGGUCCAGACAGCCCAGCAUUCAGGGAGGGUUCAUGAGAUCUUAAAAAACAAAGCCUUGCCUGGAGACAAAGCAUUUAUGAGUCUGUGGCGUGAGAACGUGUGGUCACAGAUGGCGUUUUGUCAAACAGGGAGCCGGUAGAAAGAGGCGAAGAGAGAGGGCCUGGGGAGUAGGUCAGGCCAGGUGUCCUAGUGUACAGAGAGGGUCCAAACCCGGACAGCCUAGUACCAGCAGUUUUUAACCUCGACGUGAGACUAAAAACGUGUAACCGUAGGCUCUUUCUUGGUUAUCGAUAUCAUGGAAUUGCGGUAUUAUUUAUCUAUCUAUCUGUUUAUCUAUAUCUAUUUAUUUAUUUAUUUAAAUGGAAAAAAAAGUGGGCCCUGGGCACAGCCUUCUCCAGAGCAGGUCAGUGUUCUGAGAAGCCCUUGGAUGGUUCAAGGCUGCCCAUCCCCACCCCGUGUCUCUCGUGCUUCAUGGAGGGGCUGCCAGCUGCUUGCAUGAGCCCCUCAAAUUUAAGAGGCUGCCAUGCUCUUUUCCCACUAAAGGCCAGGUUCGUACCUGGAGGCCUGGUCUCCUCAGUUGGCCAAGUGCCCCGGAGGACAUCCGCCCUCCCGCAGAAGUUUCCAGAUCCUAAGUCAAAGCCAGCUUACGUGCCUCCUCCUGGAACCCAGAGCCAAGGCCUGUUUGCCUGGAUCCGACACCAAGGGGGUCCCCACUCUGUCCGCCCCAGAGCACUGUUACCCCGGGACCAGGGUGUUUUCCUGAGAGAACACACCUUUCGGGUUGCGCUCGCCUCGGGCCAACGUCUCCAUGAAGAUGAGGUUCCCAAUCCUGAAGGCGACCUUUAAGUCUCCUCGUUGACCCACAGCCCUGCCAGCCCCCGCUAGUGUUCGGUUUCUUAACGAGAAAUCUGUCGGAAACGUAAGCUGUGAAGUGUGGUGGGCCUGCCGCCAGCGCUGGGGCUGCCUCCCUCCCCUGCCUUUUGUGUGAACCAUAUUGAUUAUUCUGCUGCUGGCGCAGGCGAGAAGGAGACGUGAAGUGUAUAUGAACCUGUGGACGUUGCCUGAAGUUUCUCACUUCCGUAAAAUUCUCUUUUUACGUGGUCUCCACUCUUUGAGCAGCCUUCUAGCUAAAAACCCCGACGCGUUUCUCUGGGAGUUUUAAUUAGCCAAACUGUGUGGAAGGAUUCUGCUUUUGACCUGUUACUCCCGCCAGGCAGUGUCACUCCCAUCGGGGUACCAGAUGCUGGCCCUGUGUCCGAAAAGCUCCUGACAUCUUCUCUAGGCUUGUUUGCAAAAGGAAGACACCAUUUUUUUCUAGUCACAAUCCAAAAGAAACUUCUUAAAAGUCUUUUGCAUCGAUCAUUCGUAUCUGUAUUUCGCAAAAUGAGUGCUCUCCUUUUAGUUGGGGGUUUUGAUGAAAAUGAAUGAAGAGUAGAUAAUGUUGAUUUGUCAGAAGUUUGAUUUGGUACAUAAAUGCCAAAGAGGCUUUGAUCGAGUUCUCUUUUGACCUGUGUCGCUUCCCCUGGGGGCUGCUCGCUGAGCCGCUCCGCAUCUGUGAACCUGGUUCCAGUUGACUUAGCCCUUCUCCUCCCCUUGGCUCUGCCUUCCUUAGCUUUUCCGGGCAACAUGCCACGCUGAGGUUCUCUGUGCUGGCUGUGCCUCUAGUCACAUGGCCACCGUCUCGCCAGAAUAGCUGAAAGCUGGGCUCUCUCAGCCCGUGGGCAGAUGGCGCUGGGUGCGUUCUGCCUUCUUUCUUCCCCGAAGGUGAGUCGUUCCCUGGCCAAGGGCAGCUGCCUUAACCUUUGAGAGUCUGCACUUGGUGUUGGUGCUGGACGGCCAGCAUCCGGGGUCUGCAGGGCGGUCCCUGCUGGACCAGACAAGUAGGCGAAUCCGAAGACUGUUAUUGGCAAUAACUUAUCCUGGUUUUGCCUCCAAACGAGGGCCGUUUGUGUCUAAGUUGCCGCAAAGACGUGACUUACCCCAGUCCGCUGUCGACCUUGAAAAUCAGAGUUGACAUCACCCUGCUGUUCCAUUUCACAUGGGAUUCAGCCUGAGUUUAUUUCUCUGUGCUUUAUGCAGCCCUCCUGGUUACAUAGGAGACGCUAAGAAUGAGCUGCCGAGGGCCUCUGUUCCCCAUCCCCCAGCCCCACCCUCCCCCCGAAAUUCUUCCAUCUUCCCAGGACUUAAGGCACCUUUUGGGACCUGAGGCAGCCCCGCUGUUCAUCAGCUUCCCAGGUCCGGGUCCCAGCUGAAGUCACAGUGCUUUCUGGCGCGUGGCAGGGAUAACAGACACUUCCUUACAGUGGCGGCAGAACUUGAAUCCCAGACCUCAGGCGAGGGCCACAUUUCCAGCCUUUCUCAUUCGCCUCUGACUUCUGAUGACUGUAUCCUCUAUUUUCCCACAGCCUUUUCAUGACAUAGUUCAGUUUUCCGCUUGGUCAUUUUUUUAAAAAAAAAUUACUUGUAAGUCACCGCAAAGACCUAAGUGAGGGGGACCGAUGGUUUGAGCAGUGACAUUUCCUUCCACCAGAAGGGAAGGCCUGUCCGUCGGGGGGGCCACCUCUUUACCGCGUGAUGUUCCGUUUACAGUGACUUGCUCUGGGGGGCCGCUUCACCAACCGGUUCCCGUGUUGUACGAUAGAUGGUAGACGUUUUGUAUAUUAGUGUGUUUUAAGUUAUUGAUUUGUUUUAUAUGAAAUAAUUUAUUUUUCAGGUACCAUUUUUCAUUUUAACUUUGUUUUUACAUGGGUUUGUUUUCAAUAAAGUAUGACACUGCUGUCCAAAAGUCAACAAUAAAAUGAAUCUCAUUGUGUUCUUUGGAGGAUGUUUAUGUAACUAGCUUUUUUUUUUUUUUUAAUUAUUUUCAGGAAAAGAAAAAAGCCCUUCUCAGUUUUCCAUCCCCCCAUUUGCCUUUUUAUCCUUGUGAAUAAAUGUUCUUUAGUGUUUUAGGAGGAAAAAGCAAACCUAGAUUUUGAUAAUCCAGAAGAUUUCAGAUUAAUAAAGAAGCUUUGAAAGAAGACCAUUUUUCAAAAUUUUAGUGAAGUGUGAAUAUUUUUUGUCAAUGGCUUUCUCAAAGAGAAUGAAACUUUUGCACCAUUUUCAGAGUUUUUAUAGAGAUGCCAAAUUGAUAUAUUUACAUGUAAUGGAAACAUGAAAAAGUUUUAUUAAACAAUUGUUCAUAGCUGUGUAGACAUUUUAAUUCAGUUUCCAAACCUCUCAAAAGCGUAUUUUUGGAGUAUGGAGUGCUGACGGUUUGGGGUGUCGCUUACGAUUCCAAACGACUCGAUUGUCCGAAUCCUGACUUCUUUCCACAGGUAUCAGGUUUGUGUUAAACACUGUAUGUUCACUGUGAUUGGAACUGUGUGCUAUUUUGGUAAUAAAUGAAGUGGGAUCAUUGA